AUGAAUAAAAAAUUAGCUAAUACAUAUAACCAAAUAUCUGAUGUUUUUUCAAGAGCAUAGAUAAAAAAUGCUGUAGAAUCUCUUGAUAAUUACCAUGAUAGACUUAAGUUAAUUGACUCAAUUAUUGAUAGAAGACAAUAGAUUAGACAAGCUAAUGAUCUAUCUAAAAUCACAAAAUAUGCUCAUAUAUUUAGAAAGAUGAUUUAGAGAUACAGGAAUAAAAAAGAAGAUUAAGCAGCUGAUUAAAGAUUAUAGAUGUAAAUGGUUAUGAGUAUGUUUGCUCCAAAAGCAAAAUCAUCGCCAAAACAUUUAGCAAAAAAUCUAGAAUAAAGAAGAGUAGAUCCUCUAUAACUAAAAAUUAAAGAGAUUUCAGUAUAGCGUCGAGAUGCAGUACAAUUUAAAAUGAAUCGAAAUUCCAGAAUAACCAAUUUUAAUUCUGAAAAAAAGUAUUUUAAUUCAAGAAAUUAUACAAAAGAAGCUGGUCAUUAUUCUAAUAGAACUUAACGAUUUUUGAGCUCUAUUGAACCAGAUGAUUAAUAUUAAGAAAAGGAAUUAUAUUUACUCAGUGUAGAUGAUAAAGAAAUUAAAUCAUUAUAAAGUAAGAUAAAAUAAAGUGUUAUUCUUAAAACAAGAAUAAACCUUCAUCAAAAUACUAAAGUAUGAAAUUUACUUACUUAAGGAUAAUGAAAAUGUUCUAAAAUUGUUAUAAAAGUAACAUAGUACCUUAUCUAGAAGAUAAUAUAAGCCAUUUUCAUAACCUCAACUUUCAGACAAUUUUGAAAAAGAAUAAGACAUUUAAAAAUCUGAUCAAAUUCAAAAUCUCAUUAGCCAAGAAGGAUCUUACUUUUCAUGUUCUGAAAAUCGUCUAAAUUAAUUAUACAAAAAAUCUUUCUAAAUUUAGACUAAUUUAUCAUCAAGUCAGCAUAAUUAAAAAAUAAUCAAAACUAAUAAAGAAAUAAUCGAGAUAUCAAAAACUAAAUUAUCACCUUAAAAUUAUUGA